GUUGCGUAGCCUCUUCCUUUCCGCCGAUUAGUAGCCAGCUAUAUGAGCCUGCAAAAUCUUCAAUUUUCAACCAAUUCCUUCAACAACUAAUCGUCCUUCCUUUUGAUUGCAAUCCACAAAUUCCUCCGCACGCACGUGAAUUUUUGUUUUACCCCAAAAAUUAGGUCACUGAAAUUUCUUUUCCCCAAAAUUUGCGAGCCUGCAAAAUUUUCAGUUUUCUGCCAAUUGCUCCAGCAACUAAUUGUACUUCCUUUCGAUUCACUUCCAAAAAAUCCUCCUCAUCCACAUGAAUUCUUCUUUUCUCCCAAAAAACAGCUCAUUUUAGGUAUGGCUACUGUACCGAGUUAUCAUCCAUGUACAGCUUUGAGAACUUACUAUUUCCAGCCUUAUAUAUACCUUUGUUUCCCACUUUUGCCGGUAUUCAGAAGAGGAGCAAACAAAAUCUAGCCGAGCAAAGAAAAUAUAGGUACUUGGGGCUUAUGACUAGAGUGGCAACAAUCCUUUACCCCCAGAACUGUGGUUUCUUCCUUACUUUCUUCCAAUACAUCCAGGUCUGCUUGCUGUUCUCCUCAUGGUCUUCAUUUUCUGUACGUGCAAAAAGAAGCCUUGAGUUUCCAGAAAGUCCAUCUCAAAAUGAAGCUUUCCUGACAGACACUCCUCCUAAACGUGCAACAAAAGCUGGCAAUAUCAAAGACAACCCAGCAAAGAAAGCUAAGCCUAAGCAAGACUGAUAUGCCCUCAUUCUGGACUUUUGUUAAAUCUUUUGUUCAUUGCCUUGGUGCCUGACUUCAUUGCUUAGACAAUGUGUUUUGAAUUAUAUUAUGAUCCAUUAUUCUUUUGACUUAAAAAGUAAUGGAUCCUAAUAUGGCCAUUAAUAGUUGUUGUAACUCAAUAGGCAAUGAAGCACUCAAAUAUGUAUUCUACUAAGACAUGAAUGACUUAUUUAUGUAAUGUAUGGUUUUCAUUUGCAUA